UUAAGACGCAAAAGCAAGCUCUUAAUUAAAUUGUUUCUAUAAGGUCCAGUUUGUAUUAGUUGAUCGUUGAUGGAUCAAGCGUCAGAGAACUCCAUGUUAAAACCAGAGGAUUCCCACGCGAACACAGGUGCAAAACGAUUGUUCCUUCCUCAAAAUGGACAGAGGACUCCAACAACCAUUGCCUUCUCAUUGAUAUCCCAGGAGCCUAUCUGUUACAUGAAUUCAGCUGGCGAAAUAUCAAUCAUGGGAUCGAGGGAAGUGAACGAAACAACAUCCGAGCAUUUUGUGGAGAAUUUUACCCUUCCACCAAACUCAGAUGCCAGUAAGUACACCGUAAAAUUUGUCAAUGAGAUUCUGUAUGUCACCGUACCAAAGGUGGAACCCAAAAAUGAAGGAGAGCAUGGCUCAAACAAAGUUGAUGGCAUAAAGUAUGGCGAUAUAAGAAACUUACUAGGAGAAAAUGGGCACAUAUUCUUUUCUGCAAAAAUAAGGAAACGGGAGGAGGAAGGAGGGAAUAUUAUAAGGACUGCAAUGGAGAUGUUGAACAAAGACAAAGGAAUAGUUAUGACUGCUGUGGUUGCAUUUUCAUUGGUGAUGCUGGUUUAUCGUAAGUUCCAAUCAGCUGGAGAUUAAGGCUAAUUAAGCCAUGUGUUAACUAUUAAUUACGUUACCUCACGUCGUAUGGUUGUCGAUAUAAACGUUCAGAAUAAGAAUUUCGAUGAAUAAGAUA